AUGCAAAUAGUACCCAACAAUCAUGCCCGUCAGAAGAUUGAAUUUUCGUGGGAAGAUAUUCUAAAAUCUCAGCUUCCACAAAUACAACUAUUCGAUUGCGCGACGACGAAGAUCGGCUUAAUUGAUCAUUUUGUUAUACAAUCUUUCGAACUUAAGCGCUCCAUCGAUAAAAAACUGAGGGAUUCAAGAGCGAAAAGUGCUGGCGAGAUGGUGAUUGUUAUUCGAUAUGAAACUGAGGAGGCGAUGAGGAUUAUUUUCGGGAUAGGCUGGGGGAGGCGCUGA